GUCUUUGGUCAAAAUAUUGUAAAACCCUUCAAACCCCAAUAGGAAGAAUGUUUUUGAAUGGAAGAAGAAGAAUUGAAGAAGCCCAAAGUCUUCCUGUAGACCCAACCCCCCCAUUUUGGUUGCAAUUCCCAGUCGACCAUGACCAAUUCCCCCUUUUUCCCAAUAAUACCCACCACCCCUUUACUUUAUUCAUUCAUUUUUGUACCCUUUUCAUCCAACAUGCCAUACCAUACAUACAUACAUACCAUACAUACCAUACCAUACCAUACCAUACCAUACAUAUAUAUAUAUAUAUAUUUGUUGGCGAUCUUCAAUUUCUCACCAUUAUUGGGGUAUGGAGGUGAAUCCGGGCAUGGAGGAGGCCCUUUCUUUGAUUCUUCGAGGGUGUUCCUUGGCCAGAGAUUUUGAAUCCAAUCCUUUAAAUUUCCGCAAUAAUAUUAAUUUCCUCGCUCGUUUUUGCGAUGAGAUUUUGGGCGUUUUCUCCGCCGCCAAGGAGCGCCUCAGUCGCCCUCAACACGAGUGCCUCAGGACCAGUACCUCCCAAUCUAUGGACUUGCCGCGGAUUCAGAUGAGGCCGCCGCCGUUCGACGAUUCCGGGAAUCUACCGGCAAUGGGUUUUGGUUCUUCUUCUUAUUCUUCCACGUCAACCAAGGCUCGAAGACGAAAAGAUGGAAUGGCGAAGAGGACGGUGAGAGUGGCGGCGCCGCGCAUCGGAAACACAGAGCUGCCACCGGACGACGGCUUUACAUGGCGGAAGUAUGGACAGAAGGAGAUUCUUGGCUCCAGGUUUCCCAGAGGCUACUUCAGAUGCACCCACCAGAAGCUCUACCACUGCCCAGCCAAAAAGCACGUGCAGCGCCUCGAUCACGAUCCCCACACGUUCGAAGUCGCCUACCUUGGUGACCACACGUGCCACAUGUCCGCCACCGCCCCCUCCGCUCCACCACCGCCAUCGCCGCUGCCGGAAGUUGCCGGGCUACACAUGACCCAGUUCCCUCCCCCCUCCGCGGGAUGGCUUUCGAUGGAGUACGGGGGUCCGGCCACCAUCCGAUCUAGCAAAGACGUCGGCGAUCAGUUUCCGGUGUUGGACAUGGUGGACGCCAUGUUCAACUCCGGCACCGGCAGCAGUAAUAGUGUAGACUCCAUCUUCGGCGCUAAUGUGGGGGAAGAAGAACAUCAGCAUCACAAGUGGGAGAAAGACAACACGAAGAAUUAGUACAAUUAUUAUUUUUCAAAUUACAAUUUUUGGUCUCUCAUAUUUUGUUUUCAAAUAUUCUUAAUAC